CUCUCUCUUUCGCUUUCACAAGCAUACAAAUACACAAACUGCCGACUUGUUUUCAUCAAAUUCUCUUUCAUUGACUCCAUUUAAGUUCAACUCUGUUUCUCUCUCCCUCUCUCCGUGGAAUUAAUGGAGAAAACCGGAGGUGACUGGAAAGAGAAACAGGUAAUACAAUAUCACUCUUUAUCGGAACGGAAAACUCCACCGGAAGACGUCAAGCUCGCUGCAAUCGCCGUUAGCCUGAAUAUACGUUUGAGAUCAGCCGACAUGGCUAUCCCUAUGCAAGAGCGUGCCCUUUGUCUCACCAGAUCGCUCAUCGAUUCUUCCUCUUCGCGUCGUCCUAAUCUCACUCUUCUCGCUCGUUCUCUCAAAAAGGAGUUUGAUCGGUGGUACGGACCGGCAUGGCACUGUGUAGCGGGGAAGAGUUUCGGGUCGUUUGUGACGCACUCGCCGGGAGGAUUUUUGUAUUUCUCUGUGGAUUCCUACUCUUUUCUUCUAUUCAAAACAGAGGUUCAUUUGAUUUGCAACGAUCUUCCGCCGCCUUGCCGUCGGUGAAUUUCUCCGUUUUACAUUCGGAACACUUGAAAAUCGUAUCAAGUUAACCGAUAGUUUCAGGUGAACUUUUUUUGAAAAUUGACAAAACAUUUGCCGCUUUGAGUUCGAUUACUUUAUAAAUCUCCUUUCCACUUCCAUUAUUACGCCAGAUUCUGCUUGUAAUUAAUGAUCAUACACGCUACAGUUGUGAUUCAUGUAAAUGGAAAAAAAAAACACAAUUGCUAUUUUCUAAUGGAGAUGUUAGGGUUUGAAUUUGAACUUC